GCUCCUCCCCAGCAGCGGCGGCACGGCCACACCCUGCGCGUAGCGCGGGCUCGGGUGGGGUCUCCGCUCCUGCGCCCUGCGCGCCGCAGCCGCACCGCCGACGGCGCCCCAAACGCUGUUGCGCCGCGCGCCCCGCCCAGCCCGGCCUCGCGCUGGUCCCGGUCGCGCCCCGCAGACCUCGAUCUCCCGUGACUUCCUCGGCCAGGCUGCCCGCGCCUCUGGGACCAUGUUGCGCUGGCUGCGGGGCUUCGUGCUGCCCACCGCGGCCUGCCAGGACGCGGAGCCGCCGACGCGCUACGAGAUCCUCUUCCAGGCACUGGACCGCAAUGGGGACGGAGUGGUGGACAUCGGCGAGCUGCAGGAGGGGCUCAGGAACCUGGGCAUCCCCCUGGGCCAGGACGCCGAGGAGAAAAUUUUUACUACUGGAGAUGUCAACAAAGAUGGGAAGCUGGAUUUUGAAGAAUUUAUGAAGUACCUUAAAGACCAUGAGAAGAAAAUGAAAUUGGCAUUUAAGAGUUUAGACAAAAAUAAUGAUGGAAAAAUUGAGGCUUCAGAAAUUGUCCAGUCUCUCCAGACACUGGGUCUGACUAUUUCUGAACAACAAGCAGAGUUGAUUCUUCAAAGCAUUGAUGCUGAUGGGACAAUGACAGUGGACUGGAAUGAAUGGAGAGACUACUUCUUAUUUAAUCCUGUUACAGACAUUGAGGAAAUUAUCCGUUUCUGGAAACAUUCUACAGGAAUUGACAUAGGGGAUAGCUUAACUAUUCCAGAUGAAUUCACGGAAGAUGAAAAAAAAUCCGGACAAUGGUGGAGGCAGCUUUUGGCAGGAGGCAUUGCUGGUGCUGUCUCUCGAACAAGCACUGCCCCUUUGGACCGUCUGAAAAUCAUGAUGCAGGUUCACGGUUCAAAAUCAGACAAAAUGAACAUAUUUGGUGGCUUUCGACAGAUGGUAAAAGAAGGAGGUAUCCGCUCACUUUGGAGGGGAAAUGGUACAAACGUCAUCAAAAUUGCUCCUGAGACAGCUGUUAAAUUCUGGGCAUAUGAACAGUACAAGAAGUUACUUACUGAAGAAGGACAAAAAAUAGGAACAUUUGAGAGAUUUAUUUCUGGUUCCAUGGCUGGAGCAACUGCACAGACUUUUAUAUAUCCAAUGGAGGUUAUGAAAACCAGGCUGGCUGUAGGCAAAACUGGGCAAUACUCUGGAAUAUAUGAUUGUGCCAAGAAGAUUUUGAAACAUGAAGGCUUGGGAGCUUUUUACAAAGGUUAUGUUCCCAAUUUAUUAGGUAUCAUACCUUAUGCAGGCAUAGAUCUUGCUGUGUAUGAGCUCUUGAAGUCCUAUUGGCUGGAUAAUUUUGCAAAAGAUUCUGUAAACCCUGGAGUCAUGGUGUUGCUGGGAUGCGGUGCCUUGUCCAGCACCUGUGGUCAGCUGGCCAGCUACCCAUUGGCUUUGGUGAGAACUCGCAUGCAGGCUCAAGCCAUGUUAGAAGGUUCCCCACAGCUGAACAUGGUUGGCCUCUUUCGACGAAUCAUUUCCAAAGAAGGAAUACCAGGACUUUACAGAGGCAUCACCCCAAACUUCAUGAAGGUGCUCCCUGCUGUAGGCAUCAGUUAUGUGGUUUAUGAAAAUAUGAAGCAAACUUUAGGAGUAACCCAGAAAUGAUGUUGCAUUUUUUGCUUUAGCAUGAUAAUUGAAACUUUCAACAAUCCCUGGAGUGACUUUUUCUCCUUGAAUUGAAACAAGUCUAUGUCAAAAGAAGCUGCAUUUUUUUCACAAAAGGGAAGAUGAUAACAAUGGUCACUUCAAACUUUUGGGCUCAAUUAUAUGUACACAGAAAUGUUAAAAAUCAUAGUUUUAAUGUGUUUUGAAAAGGCUACACAAUUGUACUUUAUCUUUUCUUAAUAAUCCUGCAAAUCUCUGCCCUGAAUCCGAAAUCUGAAAAUGUACUGGCUUGAACAAAAUUUGUUUUGUGUGUUAGAGUUAUAAAUCAUUAAUCUUUAUUUCGGGUGGUUCACGUUUAUGCCAGUUCCUUUAUACUUAAAUGUCUUGUUUUAUAUAUUUUGAAUGUCUUUAUAGAUUUCUUUAAAUUUCCUUGUAGAACCAUUAAUAGAAAAUCAUUACAUUUGAAAUACACCUUACAGCAAAAGCAUCCAAAUAAGUGUAGGGUUUAUGUCCUUAUUUUUCUUUCAGUUGAAUAGGAAUGAACACAGUGGUAGAAUUUCUGAAGAGAAGUGAUGAAAUUUUAUUUAUUUCAGUGGGCACUUUUCCAUUUUACAUGUACCAUUAUUUGGUUCCUGGAGUUAUACACUAAUUUUCAAUAUAUUACUGUUAAAUUAUCAACACAAGGCAACUUAUUUGAAAGAUUCUGUUUAUCCUGCCAUUGCUUUGAAAAGCAGCAGGAAACGAAAUCCUUUGACUUGUAUCAGCUUCUGAAGAGCAUCUUUGUUUUCCUUUGUCCUUUGUUUCCUACCUUUUGAAUCAGAUUCUGUUUUAGUCAGGAAGACUUCUUGGGACCAUUCUUAGUAACCUGAAAUUUCUUUUUUAAUUGCAUGAAGUGGAUCGAUCGUGAGCAAAUGAUGUGCUUAUUUCUCCCUCACUGUUCAAUAUCUUUGAACUUGCUGUUUUCAAUAUGGGCAGCACAAAGGUGAGAGAUACAUAUUAAUAGUAGUAUGUAUUACUCUUAUACAUUAGAUACCUAUAUUUAAAUGAAAGGCCCAAUUUGUAAACAUAUGCAUUCAUAUUCUCUCUUGCCCCAAGUUUUAGGAACAUGUUAGGAUAUAGGAGACUUAAUUUAUAAUAAUGAGAGCAUUUUUUUUAUUUUACUAAAGCCAUUUCUGUAGUCAACUAUCUUUUCUUAUUUGUGUGAUUAGAACUUAGAACAAUAUUUACUAGUUGAAGUUAUUAUCAGUUUUUAAUUUAGUUCUUAAACUAAUUUCACUUCUAAUAAUUUCUGUUAUAAAUUGCCAGCAUUUUAAUGAAAAUCUAAUGAUGUAAUAGGCAUUUUCUUUAUUUGAACCUACCUCUUUUAUUUUCUGAACCAAAGAGAAAGAUGGACUGGUGUUUGUGAAACAUUUUUAAAAACGUAGUUUCAUUUAUAUUAGUUAUGUUUGAUAAAUGUCUCAGUAUUUUUAUAAUAUGAUAAGCCUGGGAUUCUACUUUAAGGGUUAUUUGUACUUUUGAGUAAUAUAUAAAGUGACAAUAUUAAGGUACAUGAUCAGCUCUUUCUAUUUUUACUCAUAAAAAUUAUGGAAAUGAAUAAUUUUGCUAACAACUUUGAAAUUUCAGACUUCUGGAAAAUAUGAAAAUAUUAAUUGUUCAUUAUGAAUUUAAAUUGUAAGGUAUGAAUGUGAUUUGUCUGUACAUGUUGUAUCUUUUCCAAAAAAUGAUUCUGUAUCUUUUGGAAAAAAGCCGAGAGUUGAAGAUAGUAUAUUUCUGGUAGUACUGAAUAUUUACCUACAGUUUCUAUCAAAAAUAUAUAUUUGUUUCUAAAA